CUGCAGGGGACUCCUGACUGCCUCUCGGCUCAACCGGCAAAGCACCAAGGAAAGCUAAAGAAACGGAAAGAAGACUGAGGAGGGGAGACAGAGAGGGAGAGAGAGUGAGAGUGAGAGAGUGAGAGAGAAAUAUACAUCCAGAAAUAGCAUCUGCUACAUUUAACUGUCAGAGUGUGGAGAACCUGAGACCUGGACAGAAAAAUGCCUCUCCUUUCUAACUUAACCACCAUUGUUUUGUUGCUGAUUGGCCACUGCGGCUCCUGGACUUGGGCAAACCGCUUGGGCCCUUUCAAGGUCUGUCCCACCUGCAGGGAUCCACUGGGGGCAGGUCGGCCCCCCAGGGACCAUAAUGCUUCAGGCAGCACGUCAGUGUUGGCCCAGGGUGAACCCUGUGGUGUAUAUACACUGAGCUGUGCCAAGGGGCUCCGCUGUGUUCCCCCACCAAGAGAGCACAGCCCCCUCCAGGCUCUGUUGCAGGGAAGAGGCAUUUGCGCCAAACACACUAGGACUAGUCCCACUGAAAGGCCCCACCCCACAGGUCCCCAUCCCUCACACAGUAGUGAAAUAGAAAAAGCACCCUGCCGUAAGCUGCUCAACAGUGUCUUGAGGGGUCUUGAGCUGACAAUCUUCCAGUCCGACCGUGACAUUUAUAUACCCAACUGUGACACUCGUGGAUUCUAUAGGAAAAAGCAGUGUCGCUCUUCCAAGGGCAUGCAGCGUGGCCAUUGUUGGUGUGUGGAUGAGCUUGGCACAGCCGUGCCUUCACGUGCCAGUGAAGAUGGUACUUUACCAUGCGAUGGAGAGUGAGGGAUGACUCUGUCCCAUUGCUCUGAGCCUGGAGGAAGAGGAGGAGGAGGUGGAGGAGCAGGAGCACAGGGAGAGGGGGUGGCUUAAGCUUAUGCUAGACCCUGCCUGGACAGGAGGUAGCUGGAAUUAACCAAUUCCUAUGGAAAUUACACCACAAUUAAAGUUGAUGUCCGCUAUAGAACCAAGAACCACAUACAGUACAGUAGCAACAAUAACACCUGCCUGAAUGUUAAGUAGUUUCAGCAAAGUGCAUCGUUCAGUGACAUGCUGUAUGCUCACAUAAAUGCUCCGUGAACUGCCUCAAUGAUCCAAGCAGUAUUGCUCCGAAUGAUCUCUAAAUUCCCUGGCUCUUGUCCUGGCUUUGUGGUAGAUUUUAAUUUAGUUUUCUAGGAUAGCUGACACUGCCUGUGUUUGUUCUGAUCUCAGUGGGCUGAAAUACUGUUACGCUGGUGAAGUGACACAAAUGUUUGAAAAAUGUGUCUCCCCUCACAGUCCUCUCUCCCUUUCUCCAAAGAUACACUGAUAUCACUAAACGUAACGGAUAGUUUAUUUCUGUUUGAUUAAUUUAUUUUGGAGUAUGUAUUUCCGUAAAAUACUGCUUGAAUUCUACGUUCUACAGUAGCCUAUACAUAUAUUGAGUCAGAAAAAAUAGUCAUACGAAUAGUCUUGGAUGCAUCUGUUCAUUUCAUUUGUCAAAAUGGCAUUCUGACCGCUUAUUAGUUGAUUGUUUGUACAUAUGUUGGAAUUUUGUGGUUGAUUGUGUGUUCUGAAGUGGCAGACAAAAAGCUUAUGGCUGUUACCCUUUUCAAGAGGUUGUAAGGCAUAUUUUUAUACACGUCAAUAUAAUAUUUUAUAUAUGAAUUGUUGGUUUAUUUAAUGAACUACAGUACAAUGCCAUGUAUUUUUAUAUUGUCAGCAGUUUCUUAUUUAAAGACAGAGAUUAUUUUAUUUCAUGUUAGGGAGAAGUAUUGUGCUUUAGAGGCACCUUUAUGGCAAAACUCAUCACAUUCAUCAGUGCUAUUCAACUGCUGUACAUCUUAUAGUUUUAUCCUAUGUUUUUAUUUCUUUCUUAUUUAUGUUAUAUAUAUAUAUAUAUAUAUAUGUUUUUUUAUUUGGAAUGUCCAUGUAUGUUUUUUUUGGCACGUCAUACUCAAAUUGUGAUUUCACUGAGGGAAAAAUGAUUAAAUGUAAGUUAUGUUUUUCCCAAGUCCUUGCAAAAGCCAUUGAACUAUGUGCUUAAAAAAUGUGAUUAGAAAUUAUCUAUUUCUGACCAAUCUUGUUGUGCCAGUGUGUGUGCCGUGAUGGUAGGUCCAUGUACAGAGGACCUGUGAGAUUUGCAAAUAUCAAAGUAGAUCAUACCAAUAAUAAAAAUGGAGAACAAUAAAAACACAU